UCAAAAUCACAAAAUGUCAAUCCAAGAUUCGGGAGUAUUUUUGUCCGAGGUUGUUUUGAUUUUAAGGUUUUGUGAAAGUUUGCAAAUACUGAACUGUUAUUUAAGUGUUUUUGAAAAAAUAUAAUGGAAAGAACUAUAAUAAUAUUAUAAUUGAACAUACCUGUGCAGACUCCGUAAAAACCUUCGUGAUGGAUAACGUAACUGAAAAAUUAGUGCAAUGUUUUGGUCACAGAAAGUUCAAAAGCGAACUUCAAGAAAGAGCCAUAAGAGCGGUUGCGAGAGGUGUCCAUGAUGUAUAUAUUUCAAUGCCCACAGGAUCAGGAAAGUCACUAUGCUUCCAAUUGCCAGCUAUGUUGCAGGACAACAAAGUUGCCAUUGUAUUUUCUCCCCUCUUAGCAUUAAUUAAAGAUCAAAUAGAUCAUUUAACCAAAAUAAAGAUAUCGGCAGAAUCAAUAAACUCCAAAAUGACAACUAAAGAUAGAGAGAGAGUAUUAAAUGACCUUCGCAGCAUGAGACCAAAUACAAAGUUUUUAUAUGUCACACCAGAGCAAGCAGCUACAGAAACAUUUAAAUCGUUAAUAGAACAUCUAGUCAAAUAUAAGAAAGUUUCUUACAUAAUAGUAGACGAAGCUCACUGCGUUAGUGAAUGGGGCCAUGACUUCAGACCGGACUACUUGAAGUUGGGCAACUUGAGAGAGAAAUACAGAAGCAUUCCAUGGGUAGCGCUCACUGCCACUGCUAGUGCAGAGGUUGCCAAGGACAUAUUGGAGAAUUUGAAGCUCUUACAACCUGUUGCUCAAUACAAAACACCCAGUUUUAGAAGGAAUUUAUUUUAUGAUGUUGUGUAUCAAAACUGUAUACAAGAUGAAAUUGGUGAUUUAGUAGAUUUUCUUAAGAAAAACUUAAACAAUGAUGAAAGUGUUAAACCAAAAGACAGAAGUGUUGCCAUUGUUUACUGUAGAACACGAGACCAAACAGAAGAAAUGUCUAGUAUGUUGACAAAAAAAGGGCUAAAAUCUUUGGCGUAUCAUGGAGGUAUGAGGGCAGCCGAUCGCGUAUCAGUGCAGGAGCAAUGGUCCAACGGAGAGUGUGGGUGUGUUUGCGCAACUGUUUCGUUUGGCAUGGGCGUGGACAAGGCGACGGUGCGCGUCGUGGUGCACUGGGGGCUGGCGCAGAACGUCGCUGCUUACUAUCAGGAGUCAGGAAGGGCGGGUCGCGACGGCAAACCAGCUUGUUGUCGAAUUUACUAUUGUCGAACUGAACGUAAUGCAGUGGAUUUUCUACUUAAGUCUGAACUGGCCCGCUCUAAGACCCCAGAGCAGAAGCAGCGUUGUAAGAAUGCAUACAAAAGUUUCGAAAUCAUGGUCAAAUACUGUGAGGAAGUCAAAUGCCGCCACAGGAUGUUUGCGGACUACUUCGGCGAGGAGGCGCCCAAGUGCAUCAGUCGCUGCGACGUGUGCAAGGACGCGCGUGCCGUGCGCCGCGCGCUGGAGCAGCACCAGCGCCGCGCCAUGAGCGCCACCAUCGGCCAGGGCGGCUUCGUCACGCACUCCGACCCCGCCGACUUGUACGGCGAGGGCAGAGUCGGCCAGAUCAAGGAGUCUCGUGCGUAUUAUGACGACGGCAGUGACGAGUCCGAGGGCGAGGGCGACCGGCGGCGCGUCGCCGACGAGACCAGGUCCCUCAUUAUAAAGGAGUUUGCGAACAGGAAGAAGAAUCUCGGGAAAGACAAAAAUGUAAACAAUAACGCUGAAUCUGCUAAAUAUUCUAAAUGCAAAGCAGCUGAAAGUACAGAAAACAAGGUAAAUGGCCUGACACUGACAGGACGUGAAAGUUAUCUAUCACUGCUUACUGACGCUCUCAGAAAUAAUCUUGAAGAUGUAAAAAAUUUCGAUGAUCCAGUAUAUAAACUAUCACGUCAAGAUAUAGAAGACUGUGCAGUACAAUUGGAGUAUGAGGCAUUUUCUAAAAGUACUGUUAUCAGUCUGUACAGAAGAGCGAUGACGAAAUUGAUAUCCUCUGUCAGAUCCUGCAAAGACUGUUUGUAUAUGGACCUCAAAAUAUAUGAACCAAAAAAACCUGAUACUCUACUAGAAUUUGUUAGGGAACACGAAAGGAAAAAAGAGGAGACGCACAAUUACGGUUUCAUAACUGCUUCACAAUUGGAUAGUAAUCAUAUGGACUAUGAUAAUAAACCGAAAUCACUCUCCAUAGCUGAUAAAGAAACGAAAAGAAAAGCGAACUCAUUUAAAAGAGAUCCAUUAACCCAAACAAAGCUACAAAACUUUUUCUUAGGAACAAAGUCACAAGAAUCUCCAGUUGUUAUUACAGAUGACAGUGAAGAUGAAGGAGGACUAGUUAUAGACGAAAACGCACGAUCCAAUCAUAGUGAUUCAACAUUCAAGCUGGAAGAAGCAGAUGUUUCCAUUGUUGAGGAAGACAGUAAUAAAACAAUGAAAAUUGAUCACGAAACAGAAAGUGACACAGAAAGCAAUAUCGGAGAACAUACUAAAACAUUAGUUAUAAACAUAACGUUACAAGGUAUACCAAGCAAAAGUAAGGAUAAGAAAAGCAGUGAUGAGGUAAAUACAGCAAACAAUAAUGGUGAGUUAAAGAUGGAUGAUUCAGGUGAAAAAUCUAAGCCUACUGCUAAAAGAAAAAUCAAAGCUCUGUUCGGAGAAUCGUCCGACAGUGAAAUAGAUUCUGACUGUAAUAAAAAAAUUAAACUUUCACAAGACACAUAUGCUGCAAAUAAAUCAUCAACAGAUAAGGAAUGUGAAAAAAGGAGUUCUAAAAAGUCCAAUAAGAGGUACAAGGAUAGAAAUUCUUCACAGUCUGAUACUGAUCGUGAAAAAUCUGAUAAAAAACACAAACACAGAAAAUCUUCACAAUCUGACACAGAUCGCGAUAAAAAUGACAAAAAUGUUUCAAAACACAAGGACAGGCAUUUACAAACUGAUACAGAUCGCAAAGGUAUUACAAAACAUCAUAAUAAAAAAAAAUCUCAUACUGAUGUGACUGAUUUGGAAAAAGAGAAAUGCAAGGAAAAAACAUCUUCCCAAUCCAAUGAUCGCGAGAAAACUUCAUCAAAACACAAAAGUCGUAAAUCAUCACAAAGCGGAACUAGUCGAGAAAAAGAAGAUAAGCACAAAGAUAGAAAAAGUUUACAAACCGAGGACGAGUUAUUGAUAAAAGAUAAGACAUGUAAUGACUCACAAAUAAAUGACAUAGAUGAAACUCUUAUUCUUAGUUCAGACACGUCUGUUGAAAAAGUUCUAGACGAUGAUGAAACAGUUUUAGAUAACAACCACAAAACAAACGAUUACAUUGACUCAGUAAAAAAAGAGAGUAAACAUCUUGAAAAUAGCGAAAAACUUGAAGGAAAACCAUUAGAUAAAGCGCACCAGCUUAGUUUAGAGGCGGAUAAGGUAUUGAUGGCGCUCAAACAGUUUUCAGAAAUAAAAUCAGACCCAGAGCCUGAAGUCAAACUAAAUAAUGAUGAAAAAGCAAGUGACUCUGAAAACUCUACUGUAACAUUAAAAUCGCCGACUAAACAUGGAACAAAAGAUAAUGUAAAAGGUGAAUUGACUUUCAGUAGCAGCGCAAAGUCUUUAAACAGGCACAACAACGACAUAAAAAAAGAACACCUAAAUAAUAAAGAUAAAAUAAUAGCCCAAAAAGAACCUCCUGAAAAGAAGGAAUCAAGGAAUGAUAAAAACGACCUUGAUAAGGAAAAAAGAAAAGAAAUCAUUGAAAACAGUACAGAGAAACGAAAAACUGAAAAUUCAAAAAAGAAAGAUCGCGCACACUAUAAGGAGAAGAAAACUGAAAAAGUUGAUGUUGCAGGAUUAGUAGUUAAGUUAUUAAUGCCUUAUUAUAAGAAAAAGAAAAUAAACAGUCGGGACUUAUUUAAGAUAACUGCGAGGCACAUAGUUCACCAACUACUUGCAAUACAAGUUACAGAAGAAGCAGCAAUAAAUAUGUUACUAAAGAAAGCCUUUAGUAGCAAGGACCUGAUAAUUGAAAAUGAAAGUGAUCUAGAAAAAAAGUUAAUUUUAAGUAAAAACAUGUAAUAAUAAUAAUAAUAAUUUAUUGAAUUCAUAUUAAUUGUUAGACAUCCACUUUCAUGGAUUUUAAUGAUUAUUCUUGUAUGGUUAUUCUGUUUUAAUAAAAUCAUUAUCACCACAGUUAUUUAUUACAGAGUAUGAGUUUUAAA